AUGUUUGCGAAUUUGCAUCGCCAGUGGGACGCGCCGCGGCUCCCCGCGUCCUCGUCGGCGCUGGUCAACAACCGCUACCGGCUGGGCCGGAAGCUUGGCGCGGGCGCGUUUGCGAAAGUGUACGAGGCGCGCGACCUUUCCUCGGGCGACGUCGUCGCCGUCAAGCUGGAGCGCGCGUCCAAGCCGUACCCGUCGCUGGCCACGGAGUAUGCCGUGUACGAAAAGCUCGCCCGCGCCCACGCAAACAUCCGCGGCGUCCCGACCAUGCGCUUCUACGGCGCCCACGGCUCAUACAACGCUAUCGUGUUGGACUGCUUGGGGCAGAGUCUCGCGACCGUUGUGGACAAGCAAAAGCGCCGCUUCUCGAUGAAGAGCGUCCUCAUGAUCGGCAUUCAGACCCUGUACAUUUUGGAGGGCCUUCAUCAUCACGGCUUCUUGCACAGAGAUAUCAAGCCGGAUAACAUGAUGCCCGGCCGCCUCGACCCGAAACAGAUCUACCUUGCAGACUAUGGUCUUGCGGGGCAGUACCGCGAUCAGUGGAACCGCCACAUAGCCCCCAUGACAAACGUUGGUACCGUCGGCACGGUCGAGUUUUCGUCGCUCAACUCCAUGCAUGGCCGCGAGCUCUCGCGAAGGGAUGACCUCGAGAGCCUGGGGUACACCAUGUGUUUUUUGUUCCGCGGCGAUCUCCCAUGGACGGGCGUCCGGGCCCACGGCAUGCAGGCCCUGCAGCGAAAGGUCACGGAGGCCAAGUCGGGCUGCAGCUUACGCACACUGUGUCGCAACAUGCCCCACGAAAUGAUCGGCUUUUUCCAAUACGUCCAGGGCCUCCAAUUUGACGAGUGCCCCAACUAUGGCUUGCUGCGCCACUUGUUCAGACACGCCCUCGCCGCCGCCGGUCACCGAGAAGAUAACAUAUUCGAAGAGUGGAUGUCCUCGUUUUCUGUCUCGGACGUCACCGAUGACUCGCCGGCCCACAGCUACGAUGAGCCGCGCCAUUUUCAGCGCCGCAGUUUGCCAGAGGACGCCCCUCAACCCAAACCCAUUGCCCCACCUCAACAACUCACCCGCAAGUUGACGGAAAGGGCCCCUGGCGCCCGGCAUACAGAGAGGGAUGUUAUGCUGUAUAGAUGGCGUAGAGAGAGAUAUAUGCACAGAACUAGAGCUAGGGCUAUGGAGAGGGGUGCAACUAGACCCAGAGGUCGAGAUAGAAGUCUGGAAUGGGAUCCCAGAGCCGGACGCAUCCCGCAUACCCGCGGGGAGCGGAGGCGCGAUAUGGAAAGGGGACAUCGAGAACGCGAAAGGGACGCGGAAAGAGAAAGGAAAUAUAAGGCCAGGGAUACCAAUAGGGAGAGGGAAAAGUCUAGAAGACACACAGAAAGGCAUCACGCACGGAAGAGCUAUGCCGCGAAGGCAAAGGCUAAAGCUGGCGACAAGAUGCGAAGGAAAACUACAACAAAAUCACCUAGAAAGCAUGCAGAGAGAGACCCGGACUACCCCCAUCGGAGACAUACGGAUGCUGCCAGAGGACCAAGUCCGCGAGCGCAGCGCGACGGUAGGCGCUUUCACAGGCGAUGAAUAAAGUCUGCUGCAGACGGGCAACGAGCGCACAGUUCUGUACUCUA